UAUCAUGCAGAGACGAUUGCGAAUAUUCGUGAAGCGUGCGAGUCGUUCAGUGAAGUCCGCCAGAUUGGCAUAGCUUUGGAUACAAAAGGUCCUGAAAUUCGUACCGGUAUUCUGGUCGGAGGACCGUCAGCUGAGAUAGAGCUCAUGAAAGGAGGUUCGAUCCUCCUCACUACGGACAGCCAUUUCAAAGAGUCCAGUACGGCAAUCAAUCUUUAUGUAGACUACAAAAAUAUUGCAAAGGUUGUAAAAGAAGGAUCUCACAUAUUUGUCGAUGAUGGUCUCAUUUCUCUUGUUGUCGACGAGAUUAGGGAGAAUGGUGUCGUAUGUACAGUUGAAAACGGAGGAAUGCUUGGUAAG